AUGAGCAAAGUACAGCCGGCGCAAUUGUCCUUUCUAGCGAUCUACAAUCCUGCCCUUGGUCCGACCGACGAGACCUUUCCAGACCAGCUAGUCUUCUGGUACUCACGUGCUGCUGCCAAGGCGAGGGCAGCUGCAAAGAAGAGCGGGCGCAAAGAUGACGAGAAAGUGCUGCGUGAAGAGGAGAAUGAGAAGUUGAGGCAGAUUGGUUUGGCACAGGGUAUGGUGGACUUUGCGAAGAGCUUCUCCAAUGGACAACCUGUAGAUUCGAUAGAGACGGAGAAAUCACGCAUUGUGUUGCACGAAUUGGAAGAAAGCUGGUGGGCAUUGGCAUCUGUCGACCUCACGCGGCUUCCUGCCAUCCCCCAAGCGCCAGCGGAGUCGGCUACGAAAGGCUCGGCGAGCGUCCAGACAAAGCCAUCAUUCGAGUACUCCUCACGAGAAGUCAGUCCAGCUCCAUUACUAAUAGCACAGCUGCAACAAGCUCAUCAUAUCUUCUCCUUGCACCAUGGCUCUUCACUAGACGAGCUUUUUGUACGACUGGGCCGGGAGAAGUUGAUUCCCGCAUUAGAGAGAUUCUGGUCACGGUAUGCUAGAACGUGGAACGUCCUGCUGCAUGCCAAUCCUGCAGCAGAUGUGUUCAGUGGAAUCCAGCUUGCCAGUGGCGGCGAGCUCGGCUUUGGCGUGGGCGAGGAGGAGUGGGGCAGUGGUGAGCGAGACGUGCUCGAGGACCUCGUUAGCCGCACAGAGGGGUUGGUCGAUGCAGUGGUCUCUCGAUAUGGCGAAGCGGCCAAGGCUGUGGCCUCUGACUAUGCCUCGAUCCCGAUCCACGAGGCUCUUCCAUGGAUGGGCAGUGGCAACCAGCCCGCUGCUACAGAUGGGGUUGUAUUCGGCGGUGUGGGGCGGCUGAGUCGACCAUCACUGCGGAGUGUCGCGAUGUGGUCGCGGCAGAUAUACACCAAUGGUGAGUACGCGUAUGGUAUUCAAGAUAACCCGCUGCGUGAACGGAGAAAACGAAGACGACGUAACCAAGAUCAUGCAGACUAUGCCGAGGAGCACAACGAUGCGGCAGUAGCAGCAGAGACCGCGCAUCAACCAGACGUAGACGCAGAUGUAGUGUCGCAUCAGAACCAACGAGAUGAUGUAGAGGUGGCUGACCCUGAGGUCCGUACUGAUGCCUUGGACGGACAUGGGCACGCCGAUGAAAUCAAGCUACCAUCAGACCAAAGACCACAAACUCAUGGACGGACCGCAUCACAAGAUGAUGCUGUAAAACAUCCGGAGCAGACACCACAAACGGAGACUUCUGAUCGGCCGAAGCCUGCUAUCUCGAGGACUGCAGAGGUUGACUCAAGGCGCGAGAGAGCAACGAAACGAGCAGAGCAGGGCGCAGCAACAGAAGACGAAGCUGAAACAGCAGAGGGUGGCACCACCUGGGGUGUACCAGAUCAGUACAUGAAGUAUUUGACCUUGGGCCUCAGUGAGAUCGGCAAGCCAGCAAAGCCAAAACGACCUUCUGCGACUAAGCGAAUAUUAGAAUCUAGCUCGACGACGACAAAGCCAGUCAAGAAGAUUACGAAUGCCAGUUCUACCAAGGAAAUUCUCACGGUACCAGAAGAGGAUGAAACAGAUGUGGCUAGUCUUCUGCAUAUGGAACCUAUCCCAGAUGAGGAGCCACUACACGCAAGAUUUGCAAAGCUGCGACGGCAGGAGAACAGGGGUUACUUCCUGAUUGGUUUCAAAGGCGAACUCGACGAGCUAGACGACAAUGGCGACGCCGAGGUCAUGGACGACAAGUUGCAGCCAGACGCUGAAAGCUCACGAGUACUGGUUCGAAAGAUCCAGGUCGAGAUAACUGCAGAUCGUGACAAAGCCGCGGCCCAGAAUGAGAGCAUGGACGAGACUCUCGAUCGAAAAGCGAGAGAGUACGAACCAAGCGCAUCCUCAGCACAGAACAUGCAGCGACUUCGUGUGCUAGUAUACGUGCACCGCCCGUUCAUCUACUGCUUUCUAUUCGAGGAUCACACCACAAGUCUGAGCUAUCCAAGCUUCUAUCAGACACUUCAUAAGGAUCUCCAACCAAUACACAAGCCGUUGCUCUCUUCGACUAGUAUAUCUAGAUCCGCGCGAAGGCUAGAAGAAUCGCAGGCAGACCGCCCUGACGAAGCAGCGAGCGUACGGAGUAGUGGCAGUAGUAAGCCCAGCAGGAGCGGCACCGACGCUACCGAGCCAAGACCAGUCUUUGACCUGAUCUACGAUCCUCAACUGUUGACAGUACGUACGAGCAUCCCGAACAUCCCCGAGCCAGGCACGCCUGCAGCAGAAGGCUUGAGUAUGGGCUCAGAUGCGCGGCAGAGUAACAUGCCCGCCGACUGGACGCGGCUAGAUGCAUUGAAUGUGCACAACCAGGUGUUGAGCACAUUGCAGAGCAGUCGGAUCAACGACCUCGAGCGAACAAGCAGGACUAAUCGUGGAUGGUGGGUAGUAUGGAUGAGGAUCCCGAGCACAGCGACUUCCGACGAGGAUGCGGACCCCGCACCUCCAGCACGAGAUUACCUAGCACCGGAGAUCAGUACUGCACCAUCUACACACAUGGCGUCGACGAUGGCCCGAGAACCGCCGAACAGAGACCGCAUCGCUUUCCUCGUACGGAAAGCCGCCAACAAUCCUGCUGCAGCUUCGUCCAAAGCUUCGACCAGCAGCAGAGUCGCAAGCGGGAUGUGGAAUACAUUGACAUUACGACCAGUGGCAGAAGCUAGCGCCGAGGAGAAGGCGGGCGGUGAAGCAGCAGGCUGGGGACCUGGAGCGCUGGCCAACGGCAUCGGUAUGGAUGCGAGGAAGUAUGUGGAAGGACUUCUAAGCCUGAACAGAUAA